AUGAGUGAACCGCACAGCAGAGGUGGUCGUCCGAGGAAGCGUAGGCGGCGCGUGCACCACCGUUCCUCCGCACCCGAUCCUGAGAUUGUGGUGAUUGACGAUGAUGAUGAUGAGGACACGCACCAUGACGCGAAGCAGAAGACUUCCGGGACCGCAGGAAGGAAGUGGAAAAUCAAACGACCGCCGGCCGCUGCACCUCGCACACCUAGGGCCUGCCCAACUUCUUCCAGCAGCAGCGGCAGCGGUAGCAGCACCUCCUCCUCCUCCUCCUCUUCUUUCACACCACCCUCGACGGCCUCUACACCUGCUCCCACCGCACCAAAGGAAAUACCAGGUUACUACUACGAUCCUCGACUGAACCGCUACUUCAAGAAGGACCCAUUCCGACCCCAGCCCGCGCACACGCUCCCCGCAGCCGCCGUGCCUUCCACCGCCACGGCGCCCAAAACGCAGCAGCCAGCACUACGCUACUCCCUGGGCAAGCUCUUGCACGCCCAGCAAUCCGGGCUAAUCUCUUCGUCCGAGUUUCGCAGGAGGGAGACUCAAGCGCUGGCUUCGCGCUGGCGAGAGCGCGAGACGGAGCGGGAGGGACCCGCAUUCGUGCCAACCGAUGUCGACGACAUUGCCCUGCACAAGGACGGCCUCUUAUUGAUGGGCCACAAGGGUGGCGCUGUCACGCUGGAUGCGUGUUGCAUGAAGCGGGACCAAGAAGAUCUGUGCAUGGCGUUCUACUCCUCCCGCCUUCGACACGUCUAUGCGUCGCCCAUCAGUUCCCUCCGUUGGGCUCCCGGCUCCGCAGGCCAAUCCGCCCUCUUUGCGGUGGGGUUGUUUGGUGGCUACAAUCUACCCGGGUCGGUGGACAUUCGUGGCGUUGAUUUUCAGAGUCGGACUGGAAUCAACCUGAACAAAGGCAGUUUGUGGUGCGCUGAGUGGAAGCCGCAGGCGAGCCAUGUCGCUCUUGGCGUCACGCAAGGAGCCAUGCUUUUCGACAUCACCACUUCACGAGUGACCACGAUGUGGACGAAAAAGAGCGACGUAUUCGCACAGGGCUUUGACUCAACGGGCAACACUCUGUUCAACGGCUCUAGAGACGGCAUGGUGCGUGGCGUCGACCUUCGAGCAAACCCGCGCGAGGCCCGCGAUGGCUCGCAUCACCCCAUCAUCAUGCAAAAGUCGCCCGUGUGCUGCGUCAAGAUCCUGCACGACGACAAUUACCUUGUCGUGAGCUCCUUCAACGGAAAGAUACAACGGUGGGACCGACGGUUGGUUCGCCCGGUGGUCGCCUAUGGAGAGCACGUCAACCAAUACACGCACCUUUCCUUCACCCUGGCGCAGGACUAUUCGCUACUGAUCGCCGGAGGCCAGGACAAGCUGUUGCGUAUCUGGGACCUGCGCUCGGGUCAGCUGCUGCAACAGCUACGACCCUUUACUCAGCACGUCAUUAAGAAUGUUGCCUUUGGCGACGACUGGAAGCUGGCCCGCGGCGACGCGGUGGGCAGGACGUUCCUGCCCGCCCUCAUCCUGCCUUCCCUGGAUUGGUUCUCUUUCCCUGGCGGGUGA